AUGGACAAAACAACUCAAUAUAUUGUCGGGUACACCUCGAUAUCCGUGGCACUACUAAGUUGGUCUGUAUACGACUCACUAUCCAAAUCAUUUAACUACAUCAUGUUUAUCAUUGAAUUUACCGACGGGUUGAAACUAGGUAUAUUUAUCAACUCGAUUGUGUUUGUCUUCCUUGUUUUCAAUAAGGUGUUGCAAGUAUUGUUGUUUGGCACACUUCGGAUGAUUGAGGUUGAGCAUUUAUUAGAGAAACUACCCAUAUUCGCCAUCAACUUAUUUCUCAACCUAGCUACUGGGGACAACAAUAUCUUAUUGAAUGUAUUGCUCAUGGGGAUUGCCAUGACAUUUAAAGUGGUUCACGUCAUAAUGUUUGAUCGCUUGGACCUCUUAAAUCUUCAAAUCUAUAACAGAUUGAAUGACGACGAAUUUGGCGAUCGUAUUGAGUUGAAGGACGUCAUCAGGUACUACGUUAGCCUGACCAACUUCUGGCUCAACAUUGCGCUUGUGGUGAUUGACUUUAUUGUGGCAAAGUUUUUAGUCUAUGAUGUGUUUCAAGGUGUUAAUUCAUUCACAUGUUUGUUAUUUGGUUUUCAAUUUGCCGUUCAAGGAGUUGAAGCAUUGACUAAUUUUGCCAAGUUGAUGUUGGGAUUUUACGAGAUAGUGUUCUAUAAAGUAAAGAGGAACAACCGGGAAGUCGAGAGGGAAAGGGAACUCGCAAGAGAAACUUCUGAAGAAGCUGAAGAAGCUGAAGAAGCUGAAGAAGCAGAAGAAGCUGAAGACGCGGAAGUGGAUGUUGAGGAUGCAGAAACGGACGAAAUUGAGGUGGAGAUUGAUAAUGAUGAUGACAAUGAACUUGACUAUGUGUGGGAGAACAAACCGUACUAUAGCAAAGCCAUUGACAUUUCAUCAGCAUUGCUAACGGCAAUUUCAUAUGUUUGCUUCAUUUAUCUUUUGACAAUCCACUCAAGAUUGUCAUUACCCUUGUCGAUGCUUCAAGGAACGUAUUCGUCGUUGAGGAAAGCCUGGGUUCAAGUGUCUCAACUUUUAUCACUCAUUGAAUCAUCUAAGCGAUUGGAUACUCAAUUACUUAAUGCUACCAAAGAAGACUUGGAAAAAUCAGACAAUUCUUGCUUGAUUUGUCUUGAUGAUAUGUAUUCAGUUGAAGAGUAUCACCGAUUAUUUAAAAAGCCACAAGCGCCAAGAAGAGUGCCUAAGAAGUUGCAAUGUAACCAUAUUUUGCAUAUGGGAUGCUUGAAAGAAUGGUUGGAAAGAUCCGAUAGCUGCCCGCUUUGUAGGCGAAAGGUGUUUGGCCCGAAUAAUGCAGGCGCCCGAGCUCAACAUCGCGCAGAGGAACAACAAGAUGCUAACGCUCAACCACAACCUGAGGAUCAACCGAGACAAGAAGAUCCUAUACCGCAACAACAGCCGCAACCGCAGCCUGAGCCAGAACACAGAGCUGAACUUCCACAACCAACUCCGACUACAACAAUGCCAACAACACGACAUAACUACAAUCUUGCAAGUCCCGGAUCCGACAACGAUACAGCAAGUAUAAUUGCUACUGUGGAUCGCCAAACCGAGAUACUAAGAAAUUCUGCUGUCUCACAUGUUGCUCCGAUAGAAGGAAGCUCAAGGGAUGUAGAACCAACGAGUGCAGUGCCGGCACAAACAUCAACCACUAUGGCCUCCUCAACUUCCACCUCAGCAGCAACAACUAAUCGUUCUAGUGAAUUACUAUAUCAAACCAUUAAUCUACCUUCUUCUGCAGUGAUUCCACCAGAUUGGGUUCUACUUCCCUUGGAACAGACAGAGGAAGAAAAUGUCGAUUACAAGGUGAGUUUAUCGACUGAACUUAAAGCGAAUUUGAGGAUUCUUGAAAAGGGCGGGAAUAGGGAUUUGAAGUUUUACGACAUUCCAAGUGAUGACUAA